AAUAUAUAAGGCCAGAGGAGAAGGGAAGAAGCAAGUCGAAGCAGUCCACUCAGCCGAUCAACAUGUACAAGGUAGCCCUUUUCGCCUGUCUGGUAGGUGUAGCCGUGGCCCAGUACGGUCACAACUAUGAACACAAGGAGGAACACAAGGAGGAACACUACGUAGACUAUUAUGCCCCACCACACUACAAGUUCGACUACAGCGUACAUGAUCCCCACACCCACGACAUCAAGAAGCAAGAAGAGACCAGGGAAGGAGACGUGGUCAAGGGCUACUACUCCCUCUACGAACCCGAUGGUACCGAGAGGAUCGUCCACUACACCGCAGACAAGAAGAACGGUUUCAACGCCGUCGUAGAGAGGAAAGGACACGCUGUCCACCCACAAAACUACGGACACUCCUCUGAAGCUUACUACGGACAUGCUGGAGGAUACUCUGGUUCUUCCAGUGGAUACUCAGGGUCUUCCAGUGGCUCCUCUGGUUACAAAGGUGGUCAAGCUUCCUCUUCUUCAUCUUAUGGGCAUUAUUAA